AUGGCCCCUCAGCUCUUACGCGGUCCUGUUACCAGUCUCCUCAUCGCGUUGAUUCUCUGGAUAGAGGGCGUCUCGGCCGAAAACUUCACUUUCCCAACAGAGUUUGGGAGUCGUUUUAUUGUUGGGGACCAGGUCAAUGUAACCUGGGAUGUUGUCACGCCACGGAUAUCUUUAUACGAAUAUUGUGGGAGAGAACAGUGGAUUAUUGCACAGAAUGUCGUGAAUAAAUACAGUUAUGUCUUGAUAGCAAAUCGGGACAUCUAUAAGGAGUCCGGAUGCUACUUUGUACUUGAGUCUUUGAAUUCUCUGGGCAAGCCUGAUGGCCAGGACAAUGUAACUAGUGUUGUCUUUGGAGUUGCGAAGAGGUACCAUGAUGAUCCGUCGCCGACCUCGUACCAUUUUGCCAGUACCUCGGCCUCAUCUUUGACUGGUACUUCGACCCCGACAACAACGUCCUCAACUGAGUCGGCAGGUGCGGUUACAGCCACGGAUGUGUCUGCUGCAACCCCAUCUGCUGAACACAGCAGUGGCGGGCUUUCCUCAGCUGCGAAGAUUGGCAUCGGCUUAGGUAUUCCAUUGGGUUUUCUCCUAGUGGCCCUUGGUGUAGGGCUGUUCCAUUUUAUUCGACGGCGGAAAAGAUUGAGAGGAAACUCGCCGGAAGCUUCUGAGCCGGUAUGGCAUCCUGAUGGUACUACUCCUCUACCUGGUGGAUUUAUAGAUGGAGGUAAUACUACCAAGAAUGUGCGCGGAUCUCACACAGACACGAUUAUCUCAGAGCUGUCAUCGGAGAACUACAGGACGCGAGACGAAAGGCAGACCACUGAGGUCAAUGAGUUGAUGGAUCAAUCAAAACAUACAAUCAUACGACUCAAACUGGCAAACAUGAAAUAUUCAUGCCAUUUCCAUCAACCUCCCCAAACAUGGGAGAUGGAUGUCUCUAUGCUAGAGGAUCAUCCCUUCUUUGCUCACCACCAUCCUCCUCGGUAUGAGGACCUCUUUGAGAAGAGACAUGGGAAGCACUUCAAAGGCAAGAUGCAUAAACCGUGGAAGGGUAUGAAGGAUAUAGGAGAUGAUGAAUUCCCUGAAAUGCCCAGGUUUGGAUUCGGCGGCCGUGGUGGUCGUGGAGGUCGUCAUCAUCCUCACCAUCCUCAUCAUCACCAUCCGUAUGCAUUUGGAUUUGCUGGCCAUCAUGGCCAUGGAAAAUUCCACCCCCAUCCCCAUGGACAUGACUCUGACCAUGAACUCGAACCUGAGCAUGGGUUCAACCCAUGGACUAAGCAUGACAGACCCGGACCCGGCCAUCCCGGCCAAUCUGGCUUCCACCACCAUCACCCUCACCACAAACGAAGCGGUCCAGGCCCCCACUUUCACUCUCGGGGAAAGUUCCACCAUCAAGGCCGAGGAGGUCCAGGACAUGGACGGGGCCUAGGAAAGAGACACGGAAAAGGAAAAGAUUUCCAUCAUUUUGACAAGUUCCACCAUACACACCCUCUCAUCCGCGCACACCAUCACUCACGCGACACAGCCAGUUUCACACCUCCAGUGGAUGUCUUUGUUACAGCUACCCAAACUAUCGUUCAUGCUUCGCUACCUGGAGCUCAAAAGUCGGAUCUGAGUGUUGGAUAUGAUGCUUCGCGCUCUAUGCUUCGGAUCGCUGGUGUUGUGCAUCGACCUGGUGUUGAUGAGGAAUUAUAUAGGACUCUGUUGGUUGGAGAGAGAGGACGUCACUUGGGGGCAUUUGACAGGGAAGUACCAGUUUCCCAUGGCGCUAUGGUUGAGGGAAUCCAGUCUCGAUUGGAGGAUGGAGUUUUGAAGGUUGUACUGCCUAGGGUUGAGGGGGAGGAAGGUCAGCACGGCAAUGAGGUGGAGGUGGAGAUGGUGAAUGCUGAGAAGGAAUUGUCGACCCCGGAUGGGUCUGAUACUGAAGGGGAGGAGGAAGAAGAAUGUGAGAUUGAGGAUGAGACGGCUGAGAAGGAGUUUGUUCAGGUUGAUAUUCAGUGA